CGCGGGGAGACGGACGAUGGCGAAGCCCCGCCGCGGCCGCUCCGGCUCGCGGUCCUCCUCGGGCUCCUCCUCCCGCUCCGCGUCCUCCGGCUCCGGCUCGUCCCGCUCGCGCUCCCGCUCCCGCUCCCUCUCCUCCUCCUCCCCGUCCCGGAGCCGCUCCCCUCCCGCCGCCAAGCGCAGUUCACCUGGAGCGCGGAAAGGUCGAUCUCCUUCACCAGCCCCUAAAAAAGGUUCACCAUCAAGGAAAGGCCGCUCACCAUCACCUCCACCUAAAAAAGCUUCACCUCCUAGGAAAUCAUCUCCUGCUCCUGAGUCGGUUGUUCUACAUGUUGAUCAUCUAUCCAGGAACGUUAAUGAGGCUCAUUUAAAAGAGAUAUUUGGAAAUUUUGGCGAAGUGGUGAAUGUGGAGCUAUCAAUGGACCGAAUUGUUAAUCUUCCUCGUGGGUAUGGAUAUGUUGAGUACAAGAAGAGGGCUGAUGCUGAGAAGGCUCUUCUUUACAUGGAUGGUGCUCAAAUUGAUGGAAAUGUUGUUAAGUUGAGAUUCACGCUGACACCACGCCAAAAGCCUUCUUCACCUACAAAGCCACUGCCCCCUCCUCCAAAAAGAGAUGCUCCUCAGAAUGAUAAAGGUGCUGCUAGUGUUGAAAAGGAUGCCCAGCAGCGGCCUAGGGAACCAUCUCCACGAAGAAAGCCACCUUCACCUCCGCGUAAGCGGUCUCCCCCAAUUCGUCGUGGUGAUUCUCCGAUUCGUCGUCGACCAGACCCAUCCCCUGUUAGGCGUGGUAGACCAGGAUCUCCAAUUAGAAGACGUUCUCCUUCACCACCUAGAAGGCAUAGGUCACCGAUGAGGAGGGGUCGUGGCAGCCCAUCACCACGCAGACGCUCCCCUGGGCCUCUUAGGCGCUCACCUGGGCCUCCUAGAAGACGGUCACCACCCCCAAGGAGAAUGAGAAGCCCCCCAAGAAGGCCACCACCACCACCUCCACGUCGUCAUAGUCGUUCCCCUCCUCCUCGCCGCCCUCUUCACUCUCGCUCCAGAUCGAUUUCUCCUCGCAGGGGCCGAGGGCCUCCACUGAGGCGUGGAAGGUCAGAUUCAUCCUAUUCUGCAUCACCCAGUCCUCCAAGGAAGGGACCAAGAAGGGUAUCAAGGAGCCGCAGUCCUAGAAGGGGUCCUAGAGGAAGGAGCUCCAGCGGUAGCGGGAGCAGCAGCUCACCUUCCCCCAGGCCACGCAAGUAGAACUCAUGGCAUGUGUGCUCCUGGCAGGUAAGAUUUCUUUUCUCUUGGCAGGUAAAACUGGCUGUGAGCUCAAGUGGUGAUUCGAGGGGGUGCGAACGUUGAGAGCUUCCAAUGGAUCAGCUGUCUUAGCAUGCUGUGGUGAAGUUCGUUCCUGGAAUUUGUACUUGGAGAUACGCUAUGUGUCUUGUACUUAAAAUACUUCUAAAUUCUGAAGCUGCUGCUCUCCUGUGCUCAUCUGAAUUAGUACGUCAUAUUUGAAUUGAGCUUUUAAGUCUACUGUUGCUUCCUGAA